GAUUUGUGAUAGCUACUCGUCAACCGGCGACGGAACGUGAUACAGUCGCGAAGGUACUAGGACAAAACGUGAUUGGUUGGCACGGCCGCUGAAGUUGAACCAGCCGUAGUGAACACUGAACAGUGUUAAUUAACGUAUUACGCGAUAUAGAUUAACAAUAACACACCAAUAAUUAUAUGUCAACGAAACGGUAUAAAUAGCAUCAUAAUACGUUAUAGUGACGACAACAACGGUCGUCCGGUUAAGCGACGACUCACAUUUUUAUUCCACCAUCGACCCGUUAAAAUGCGCUCGUAAAACGACGUCGUACGAGUCGUAAAAAAGUUUAACCGCGUCCCUCUCUCUAUCGUUUUGUGUUUUUUUUUCGCGUGAUUCCCCGACGCUCGAGAUUGUGCGCGCGUCUAUAGCGUCAAGUUUCGGCCGUGCCGCAUCUAUGGGCAAUGUCAGAUGCCAGAUCGCGUGCGACCGCCGCCGCAGGGACGUCCUCAUCGUCGACGUCGAAUUCCAGAUUGCUACUGCAAAGAGGAAGAGGAAAACGAAAUAAUAUUACAAAUAUAUAUAGUCGCAAGAGGAACGACUACGUCGCGGCUGCCAAUCCCGACGGAGUGGGGAUAGUUUUGUAAUCGAUCGUAUCAGUGCAAAUGGAUUCAUGAAGGUUCGCAAAAGGACAACCACUUGAAGUGAAUACCGUCAAAGAAACACGAUAUUUUACUGUCAACACAUUUCAACUAGUAAUCAUAAUAAAAUGGUUGUGCCAGAAAACGGAAUUAUGUGUGAUAAUAUUAUGCGAGGUAUAGAAAAAAAUGGUGGUGGUAUUCAUUUGCACAAUCGCAAACAAAAACUAAAACAAAAAUUUGAUAUAUUGAAAAAGCUUGGAGAAGGAUCUUGUGGAAAAGUUCAAUUAGGUAUUUGCAAAGAAACUGAACAGUUGGUUGCUAUCAAAACAAUAAGAAAACGAAAAAUAGAGACUGAAGCAGAUUUAAUACGAAUCAGACGAGAAAUACAAAUUAUGUCUUCUGUAAGACAUCCUAAUAUCAUACACAUAUAUGAAGUAUUUGAAAAUCGGGAAAAAAUAGUAUUAGUAAUGGAAUAUGCAGCAGGAGGAGAACUUUAUGACUAUCUCAGUGAAAAAAAAGUUCUUACUGAAGAGGAGGCUAGAAGAAUAUUUAGACAAGUGGCUAUAGCAAUUUUUUACUGUCAUAAACAUAAUAUUUGUCAUCGUGAUCUCAAGUUGGAAAAUAUUUUAUUGGAUGACCAAGGAAAUGCUAAAAUUGCUGAUUUUGGUUUGUCAAAUGUUUUUAAUCAUAAAGCUCUUUUGUCAACUUAUUGUGGUAGUCCAUUAUAUGCUUCUCCAGAAAUAGUUACUGGUACUCCUUAUCAUGGCCCUGAAGUGGAUUGCUGGUCUUUAGGCGUUUUAUUAUACACUUUGGUAUAUGGAACAAUGCCAUUUGAUGGAUCAAAUUUUAAACGUUUAGUUAGACAAAUUUCUCAGGGUGAAUAUUAUGAACCAAAAAAACCUUCAAGAGCUUCUCCAUUAAUUGGAAGUAUGAUGACAGUUAAUCCUAACACACGUGCUGAUAUUCAUACAAUAUGUUCACAUCAAUGGUUAAACGAAGGUUAUUCUGAUGAAAAUCAAUGUUUACGCAUUGCUGAAGAAAUGGCUUCCUCAACCACAGUCAGAUUAGAUUUGUUGCUAUCCUUAGCACCAGCACCAAAAGAAACCAAUAAUAAUUUAGGUAUACAACCAUCUAAUGGUGAAAAUGAAGCCCGGUCUGAAAGUGGUCCUGUAAGGUCUCAAAGCUUAGGAAGUAUAUCUCCUUCACGUGCUACAGCUGUAAUACCCGAUUCACCUGUGGAAAAGAAACCUAAGAAACUAAAGAAAAGAGAUCGUUCUAUAAGUCGUUCUAAAAAAUCUAGUCAAUCUGAUACUGGUGAAAAUGAUCUCCAAACAUCAUCCUCAAAGGAAUCGUCUAAAACUCUUAAUAAUUCAAAGAGUGAUAAAUCACAAUCACCAAUAGAGUCCACUACAAAUAUUGAACUUGAUGUCGUAAAACCUAUUGAACGACCCAGGCGGCGAUCUAGUAGAGUCUUAGAAGCAGUAGAAAAAUUAGAUCAAAUUGAAUCUAUGGCGAAAAAUAGUUUUGAUCCCAAGAGACGAAAUUCUCUUGGUAGUGGAUCAUCAAAUAGUUCCAAAAAAAGUAUUGAAUCUGAUAGUUAUACUACACAAGCACUAAUAAAAGAACCACAAUUCAGCUUAGAAUCUACUGUGGGGCUCAAUAAAUUAGCAGAAUCAGCAUUAAAUAAUGAGCCAUUAUGUGUAGUACAGACCAAUAACAAUAAUUUUAAAAAUCUUCCUGAUGACUUAAGAAAAAGCUUAAAUGCUAUAAGAAUAAUUGGAGAUUCCAUUUCUGAUAGCAAUACUAAUAAAAUUGAGGAACCAAAAAGAAAAACAUCAAGGGCAGAGAUAAAAUUAUCCAAACCUGAGUUACCAGCUAGUAAUAAUGUAAAAGAUUCUAUACUUCAUGACAAUGAUUCAAUUGAUACAAACUACAAGACCGAAGUAAAACAUUUUGUGCAAGUACCUAAGCCAACUAGACGUAUAACAGAAGUGUCUUUCCCAAUUGCCGGAGCUACUGCAACCACAACAGCACCAUUACCACCAAGACCUGUAUUUCGACAAAACAGUCAACCUCGUGAACAUAUUAUACCUAUACGAUUUGAAGCAGAAGAUAAAUCAAAAACUAAACCUAUUCAAAGAGUUCCAUCUAUAACUAGCCCCAAGACAAGUAGCAGUAAUUUGUGCAAGACAAGUAGUAGCAACUUGUCACGACAAAGUACUGUAGACACAGAUAGUAAUAGCAGUAUUGUAAGCUUAGGUGAACCAAUAAGAAAAUCUCCUCGAGAAGUUAUUAUACCUAUUGCUGUUGAAGGUGGAGGUUAUGUUACACCUAGUAAUAGUGCACUUUAUAGAACAAAUUCAAAUAGUGAUAGGGGUGAUGAUGAUAAUGGAUCAGGUGGUGGUCAGCCUAGAUGUUUUUCAUUACGCAGUACACGUAGACAAAGGCCAUCUAUUAGAAAUUUACAGUCUACUGAAAGUAUAAGUUCAGAUGAAGAAGAUGACAGUUUUGAAAUUUUAACUGCCGAAAAUUUAUUUUCUACCUUACUAUCUAGAGUACGUGAUUUAACCAAUAAAUUGAGCAGUGAUGAAGGAAGAACUUCUGACUUCCCAAGAUCAUUUUUUAACCAUCAUCGUUCAAUAUUUGACCACCAAACCCCAAUUCGGCGUCUAACUGAAACUAGAUCAUUUAAUCGGUCUGAUAGUGCUCCUUGGAGAAGAAGCUUUGUUUCUACAUCUCAAGAACGUCCUUCUAAUACUUCUAGUAAAGAAUUCUUUAAAGCUGCUGAUAAAAUGACUAAUAUUCAAAAACCUCCAGUGUACAAGCAUAUUCUGCCACGCGUUAUGGAAACCACGACUAACAAAUAUAACAAUCAUGAUACAAAUAUUGCAACAAAGCUAUCACUGUCGCCAUCAUCAUCGAAUGCAAACAAACCUGUACGUGACAUGUCUUCUGAUAUCAAUAGAGAAGAACGACAGAUUCGUGUGGAUAGGAUUUUAGAAAAAUACCGCCGGCAGCCAUCUUCCAGUUCUGUUUCCAGAGAGUUUUCAAGAUCAAUUAGCUGUAAUGCCACCACUGAGCCAUUGACUGAAUCCAACUUUUUGCAUACCGUGAAAACAGCGGGGGCUUUUACCAAUGAUGAUAAUAACAAAAAUUCAGGUUCGCGAAGUAUCAGCUCUUAUGCACUAUUAGAUCGUUCAAACCUAUCCUCUACUAUGCCAGGUAUGGGCCAAGAACUUAAAACUAAUGCCACCAAUAGCUUGUUACCAAAAUCUUAUUCAUUGAAAAGCUUGAGUGAAUAUCGAUAUAGAACUUUAAAUAAACCAUUUACAGUUGAUCACAAUUCAUUAUUCAAAUCUAAUGUUACUCACGUAAAUUAUGAUGAAGAUCCUCUCUCAUCAGCUUCAUCUACUACAUCAUCUACUAAUACAGCCAUUAAUACCAAGAUCUUGACUCCAAAAGCAGAUGAUAAUUAUUAUUGCAAUUAUUCAGCCCUCUUUGAUUGGACAGUUGGAAACUGUUGUGAAGAGACAGUUAGUGAUCGAAUUAAGCGACGGAGUUAUUAUGUGAAAUUCAAAUAAUUUUUUCUCAAAAUAAAUUAUCCUAACAAAUCUUUAUUAAA